CAAGCUGAUGUAUAAAUGAGAUGGUAGAAGAUGGAGGAUGCUGAGCAAGUUUUAUACGCGGGGCGGGUGAAGGACGAGGAGGGCAAGUUCGAUGAAGCCUUCAGUCUCUACCAGCAGGGCCUGGAGAAACUAAUGGAGAAACUCAAACAACCGACAUCAUCAGAGAAGAAAGAUCACUACAAGAAUUUACUGAGUACGUACCUCUCCCGAGCAGAGGUUAUCAAGAAAAAGAAAAGUAGAGCAAGUGUACCACAAGUACAAGAGAUAAGGAUAGCUAACGACGAAACUGGUUGGUCAUUCGCCAAGUUGUUCACCAAACCCCUCGCAGACUCUCCCACUCACAUCAGAAUACAAGACCCCUACCUCCACGCUAGACAUCAGCUUUCUAACCUGGUCUCGGUAUGCGAGGUAUUUGCACGUGUCAGAUCUGUGUCUCAUAUCAGGAUUAUUACCCGCACCGCUCCUCCGGGCGACCAAAGGACCCAGCAGCAGAAGUGUAUGAGAGAUUUGGGGGACAGUUUAGAAGAGAGACAAGUAACACUGGUCACCAACUACUCUGAAACGCUUCAUGAUAGGGAGAUAAGGUUUAAGAAUGACAACCAUGUAGUGUGGGUUGCUAUCCUGGGUCGCGGUCUGGACAUGUACAAGAAGUUACCAAGCUGGUUCCAUCUUGGCGCUACAGACUACACUUUUAGGAAAUGUCACGAGGUCACUGUGACCCUGACUAGAGGAUAGUGGAAUGUGGUCACUGUGACCCUGACUAGAGGAUAGUGGAAUGUGGUCACUGUGACCCUGACUAGAGGAUAGUGGAAUGUGGUCACUGUGACCCUGACUAGAGGAUAGUGGAAUGUGGUCACUGUGACCCUGACUAGAGGAUAGUGGAAUGUGGUCACUGUGACCCUGACUAGAGGAUAGUGGAAUGUGGUCACUGUGACCCUGACUAGAGGAUAGUGGAAUGUGGUCACUGUGACCCUGACUAGAGGAUAGUGGAAUGUGGUCACUGUGACCCUGACUAGAGGAUAGUGGAAUGUGGUCACUGUGACCCUGACUAGAGGAUAGUGGAAUGUGGUCACUGUGACCCUGACUAGAGGAUAGUGGAAUGUGGUCACUGUGACCCUGACUAGAGGAUAGUGGAAUGUGGUUAGGGAUCAGAGGGGUUGUUAUUUAUAGCAUGUCGGCAGCUCAGAAUGGAUUUAGCGGUCAGGAGGAAGCUUACUGGAUAUGCAUUCUUGCUUCGAUGGAAAUUUGGUGCAACUCAUAGACUUUAGCUAUUAAAUAAAAAGUAUAAAAUUUAAUAUAUUUAUACAUUUUUCAGACCUUAAUUACAAGGACAUGAUCUUUAGAGAUGAUGCUUAAUGUUUUAAUUUCAUUUUUUUAUUUUAACGAAUUCGUCUCCUGACAAUAAUCUCCCUUAACAACGAAUCAACCUUGACGUCAUUAAGUAACUAAACCUGAGCGUAAAGAGUUUAUAAUCCUCGGUAUCCCAUGCAUGUAGCCAUGGGUUUGGGACUUUGGGUGUUAAUGAUUUUCUCAUGAUUUUUCUCAAUGAUUUCUCUAAUCUAAUAACAUUAUUACCAGAAAUACUAUAUUUGUAGUUUGUACAGUUAAUGUAUUCGUAUUUUGUAAAUAGUCAAUUAUUUUGAUUCCUAAGGGAAGUCGUAAU